GCUUGGUUGUUUUAUUUUUCAGACAUGGUUCAACCCACCGCAACAUACCAAGAGCCGCUGUGGCGCCCGCGUCACCACGCGCACCAUCAUCAUCAUCACAAGCACCACGCUCAAACGCCGACAGUCGUGACUGAGCAACUCGCUGAUGUGGCUGCCGCCGCCGCCACCGCCGCUCCUCCCGCGCGCCCCACGCAGAUGGAGGCAUUCACUGCCGCCGUCGCUGCCAAGCGCGGUCUCACUUUCGACUCGUACGAGAGCCUGCGCAAGUGGUCGGUCGACAAGUAUGACGAAUUCUGGGGUGACCUCUGGCAAUUUGUCGGUAUCAAGCACUCCAAGCCUUACGAACAGGUCGUGGACAUGACAAAGCAGCCUGUGGACGUGCCCGAGUGGUUCCGCGGCAGCCGCCUCAACUACGCCGAGCACCUGCUUGAGCACCCCAGUGACAAGGUUGCUCUCAUCGGCACUGGCGAAAACACUCCGCCCACUCGUUAUACUUUCGGCCAGCUCAAGGCGCUUGUUUCGCGCAUUGCUGCUGCCCUCAAGAAGCAGGGCGUCAAAUCCGGCGACCGCGUCGUGGGUUAUGUGCCCAACUGCAUUGAGGCUGUCGCCGCCAUGCUGGCCACCGCAAGCCUUGGUGCUGCCUGGAGCUCGACCAGCCCUGACUUUGGCGUCAAGGGUGUUGUGGAGCGCAUUAGUCAAAUCUCGCCGCGCGUUGUCUUCUCUGUGAAUGCCGUGCACUACAAUGGCCGCGUCCACGACCACACUGAAAAGCUCGACGCCGUUGUGCGUGACUUGAGCACGGUUCAGCGCGUCGUAGUGUUCCCGUUCGUUCAGGAGCACCCGUCGCCCAUGCUCCAUGCCAACUGGGUCAGCUUUGACGCCUUCCUCAACGAGGCCUCCUCUCCCACUGAGCCUGCCCCCGCCCUGGUGUACGAGCAGGUCCCCUUCAACCACCCAUUAUUCAUCAUGUUCUCGUCCGGCACGACUGGCAUUCCCAAGUGCAUGGUUCACUCGGUCGGUGGAACGCUCUUGCAGCACCUCAAGGAGCACAGGCUGCACGGCGACCUCACCAGCGACGAUGUCAUUCUUUACUACACGACGGCUGGCUGGAUGAUGUGGAACUGGCUCAUGACUGCCCUCGCUGUUGGCGCGACCGUUGUGCUGUACGAUGGCUCUCCGUUUAUCCCUUCGCCCAAUGUGCUGUGGGAUUUGGUGGACGAGCUUUCCAUCACCGUUCUUGGCACUGGCGCCAAGUGGCUUGCCGCCCUGGAAGAGAAGAAGCUUGUGCCAAAGGAAGCUCAUCAUUUCAAUAGCCUCCGCUGCGUUCUGUCGACUGGCUCGCCCCUCAAGCCCGAGUCGUACGAUUACGUGUACAAUAGCAUCAAGCAAGAUAUUGUUCUUGGCUCGAUUACUGGUGGCACGGAUAUCAUCUCUUUGUUCGCUGGCCAUCACGUCUCAUUACCCGUCUACCGCGGCGAGAUUCAAUGCCGCUGCCUGGGCAUGGACGUCCAGGCCUGGGACGACGACGGCAAGGAGGUCUUUGACGUGGCUGGCGAGCUUGUUUGCGUCAAGCCAUUCCCCUGCCAACCAGUCUUUUUCAUUAACGACGAUGAUGGCAAAAAGUACAAGAAGGCGUACUUUUCCAAGUAUCCCGGCGUGUGGUCGCACGGCGAUUACAUGAUGGUGAGCUCGCAGACAGGCGGUGUCGUGAUGCUCGGUCGUAGCGACGGCACCCUCAACCCCGCCGGUGUCCGCUUUGGCAGUGCUGAAAUUUACAACAUUGUCGAGCAACCCGAGCUCUUCCCCGAAAUCCUCGACGCGCUUUGCGUCGGUCAAAAGAUGGGCGCCGACGAGCGUGUCGUGCUCUUCUUGAUGCUGCGAAAUGGCGAGUCUACUCUGGACAAGGCGCUGCUGACGCGCAUUCAAUCAACAAUCCGCGCGCAACUGUCUGCACGUCAUGUUCCUGCCAUUAUUCUGCCGAUUGCAGAUAUUCCGUACACGAUCAAUAACAAGAAAGUCGAAGUUGCAGUCAAGAAGAUUAUCUCAGGCGAGCCUGUGACAGAGCGUGGCGCUUUGCGAAACCCUGACUCUCUCGAUCUCUAUGCCAACCUUGCAGCGUUGGCCUUGUAACUUUGAAAGCUGUUGGAAUGUUUGAUGUUCGUUUCUUUUUGACGCAUGGUUUUCGUCUCCGGUUUUUUUCCUCUUUAUUGAAUUGCUUUUGCAUUUGCACUUGCAUUGAGUGUUUGGAUUAAGUACAAAAACAACAAACCGAUUGCUUGCGAUA